CGAAACGAAACACAACGCAUGGCUCACCACCAUCACCAUGGACGACACGGUCAUCAUCACCAUCAUCAUGUAAAUCAUCACGUAGGAGGAGGAAUAGUUAUUGGAAACAGAAGAACUAAACCACUUGCCACAAUUAUCUCAGGAGUUGUUUCCAUCUUGAUUGGUAUUGCUCUAGGAAUUGCUGCGAUUGCCGUUGGUGCAUUGUAUGCAGCAUGUCUUGCUGUGACAACCAAUUCCAGCACAUCAUGCUCUGGAAUUACCACUCCAAUUGUUUUGGGUGUUAUUGGCAUUGUAUUGAUCAUUGCUGGAAUUUCGUCCGUCAUUGCAGGUAUUCGAAUGUUCAUUAUCAUGAAGAAUAUCGCAGAUGGUAUGUCAAGAAGUGAUUUGGCAGCUGCCACAACUGUCACCACUCCAAUCCCAGUUGCAACCACAACUGUUCAAUCAACCACGACAACAGUUGGCCAAAUGCAACCAAAUUUGGCAGUUCAACAACCAGGUGGUUACACUUCAACUCCUUAUUAUUCAAAUCAAACACAACCACCAGUAGUAGGUCAACAACAACCUUAUUACAAUCCAUCAUCAGAGGUUUAUGGUCAACCAGGUUAUGGUCAACCGUAUAAUCCAAAUCAAACAGCUCAACCUUAUAAUCCUAAUCAAAGCUAUGGACAACCACAAGGUGGUUAUGGUCAACCAUAUCCUACUGCUAAUCAAGGAUAUGGUCAACCAGGAGUUGUGGAUCCACAACCUAAUUAUUAUGCCCAACCAAAUCAACCUUACGGAGCUGAUAAUAAAGUUUAAUUUAUUCG